UUUGCCAUAUUCUCAGAUUUAGAAGAUCUGAUAAAAGAGCUUUUCCUUCAGAAUGUCACCAGCCUUCAGUGGAUAGGAAGUGAAGGUUGGAUUUCAAGUGAGUACAUGGCAACAAAGGAGAAUUACAGUGUUCUUAAGGGAGCACUUGGACUUGCAAUCAGUAAUGUCAUAAUACCAUCAUUGCCAGAUUAUUUGAACGAUAUACGUCCAUCUGAAAUUCCUAAGAGUAUUGAUUUAAACAUGUCUUGGGUAAGUGCCUUUAACUGCAGCUUAGAAACUGAAGUCUUACGCAAUAUCUCAUGUAUAGAAGCACCAAGACAGAUAAGCAAGCAAUACACUGAUGUUCCUGACGUCAGAAUUGCCAACAAUGUAUACAAAGCAGUCUAUGCAAUUGCACACUCUCUGCAUAGUCUCUUUGAAUGUCAGUAUAAUUUAACAAAUGAUACAUGCAGUGAUAAAAGCAAAGUUGAACCUUGGCAGGUGUUGGAAAAAUUGAAAAAAGUUAAUUAUACCACAAGUUAUGGAGAGAAUGUGUACUUUGAUGAAAAUGGAGAUCCAGUAGCAAAAUAUGAUCUUAUAAACUGGCAGAAGAGUGAGGAAGGGGCUAUAAAAUUUGUCACUGUUGGUCUCUAUGAUUCCUCCUUACCAGUGGGAAAGCAGUUCUUCAUGAAUAAUGUUAGCAUCAUGUGGAGAGAUGGGUAUAACAAGGUGCCUAAAUCUGUCUGCAGUGAGAGCUGUCAGCCAGGCACACGUAAGGCUGUGCAAAAGGGUAAACCUAUAUGUUGCUUUGACUGCCUAAUAUGCGGUGAAGGAGAAAUCAGCAACACGACAGAUUCAAUAUUUUGUCUGAAGUGUCAACUGGAAUAUAAAUCCAAUGAACAAAGAGACCAGUGCAUUCUAAAGGAUAUUGAAUUUUUAACAUUUGGAGAAAUCAUGGGAAUACUAUUGGUCAUAUUAUCAAUUUUAGGGACUAUGGUAACAUUAACUGUUGCUACUGUGUUUUUUAAAUAUAGACAGACUCCAGUCGUGAAAGCAAAUAAUUCUGAGCUGAGCUUCCUCCUACUUUUCUCUUUGACUUUUUGUUUUCUUUGUUCUCUCACUUUUAUUGGUGAACCCUCUGAUUGGUCGUGUAUGUUACGACAUACAGCUUUUGGCAUCACAUUUGUUCUUUGCAUCUCUUGCAUUCUAGGGAAAACACUGGUUGUACUGAUGGCAUUUAGAGCUACACUCCCUGGCAACAACAUCAUGAAACUUUUUGGUCCCAGACAACAACGUUUUAGCGUGUUUUCUUUAACAGCAAUUCAAAUCUUGAUUUGUGCCUUAUGGUUAAUACUAUCACCACCCUUUCCUAUAAAAAACAUGCAGCACUACAAUGACAAGAUCAUUCUAGAAUGUGACUUAGGUUCCGCAGUGACUUUUUAUAGUGUUUUGGGAUAUAUUGGCUUUCUGUCUAUCAUGUGCUUUAUUUUGGCCUUUUUGGCUCGAAAAUUGCCGGAUAAUUUUAAUGAAGCUAAAUUUAUCACAUUCAGCAUGUUAAUAUUUUGUGCAGUUUGGCUUGCAUUCAUUCCUGCUUACAUCAGCUCACCAGGUAAAUAUACUGUGGCUGUGGAAAUUUUUGCUAUUGUAGCUUCCAGCUUUGGUUUGCUUUUCUGUAUUUUUGCCCCAAAAUGCUACAUUAUAUUGUUAAAACCAGAAAAAAAUACAAAAAAAUUUUUGUUGGGGAAAAAUCAACCAAAGGCAUGUUGAAUUACAAUUUAUUUUAACUGCAUUUCAGUUUGUUAUUAUUCUCUUAGUGAACCAAGGGUAAAUUUAAGUUCCCCUAACAUUGAACUCAUCAAUAAUUUUUAUGGCUAAUUAAGCAGCAAUAAAAUGCAAUUUACAAGAGUUUUUGGUGUGUUUUAAAAUAUGUAUGAAACUUGUAUUGUUUUGUGUAUUUUAUUUUGUCUUAGACCAUAUG